AUGCAAUCCACAGAUGAAGAGGUGCGCAAGGGGCUGGAAGCGGCGGACCCAGACCUGUUCUUCGCGCAAACGCCCCCGCCCGCUGGUUUCGACGAGACGCAGCGCUCGGUGACCGAAUGGCUGCAGAUCCACAUCGCUGCUGGUCGCCGCGUCGCCCUCGUCACCAGCGGCGGGACGACCGUGCCGCUGGAAAAGAACACCGUGCGCUUCAUCGACAACUUCAGUGGCGGGAAUCGCGGUGCGGCGAGCGCCGAGUACUUCCUGAGCCAGGGCUACGCGGUGCUGUUCCUCAACCGCAAGAACUCGCUGCAGCCCUACGCGCGCUACUUCGAGCUGCGCCACCCCACGGGCGACUUCAUCGACUUCCUCACGGUCAACGAGAAGGGCGGCGUCGAGGUCUUCCACGAGUAUGAGCAAGUGGAGCGUGAUGUCGCCACGAUCCUCACCGCUUUCAACGUUGUUCGCAAGGAGAACCGCUUGUUGAGGGUGCGGUUCGUGAGUGUGCACGAGUACCUCUUCCUGCUCAAGUUCAUCGCCACGGAGCUGAACAAGUGCGGCAAGAAGGGGCUCAUCUACUCGGCCGCCGCCGUGUCCGACUUCUACAUCCCCGCCAGCGAAAUGACCGAGCACAAGAUUCAAUCCUCGUCCAACCCGUUGGGGCUUACCAUUCAUCUGUACAACGUGCCCAAGGUGCUCAAUCUCAUCACCAACGUCUGGGCGCCGAGUACCUUCGUGAUCUCGUUCAAGCGUGACACCAUCGUCAUCGUCAAUCACUCACAAUGGGACGACCAGUUGGAAACCGAUGCAGAGAUCCUUGCACAGAAGGCGACGGCGGCGUUGAAGAACUACGGCGUGUCGCUUGUUGUGGCCAAUAUGCUGCAGUCCUACCAGCGCCAGCUCAUUCUCUUCACCAAGGCGGGCGAACAGAUCCACGUGACUAAGGACGAGGAUGCCGACAUCGAGAGGAAGCUCGUGCAGAUCUGUAUCGACCAGCACUCCAAGCACGUAGAACCUUGA